AUGGGGCCCCUGGAAGCAGUAGGUGAAGAAAACCAGACAGAUGACAUGAAGAUGGAGCUGUUCACCAAGCUGUACUUGCCGAGAUACACCACACCGCUCAAUGAAUUGGCUCUGGACCCUAAACCAGAACUGAAGGACAGCACAACGCUCGUCGAAGUGCAGAUAAUCCUCAUCUUUGCUUACUGCUCCAUCAUCCUGCUGGGGGUGAUUGGAAACUCUCUCGUGAUCCAUGUGAUCAUCAAGUUCAAAAGCAUGCGCACAGUGACUAACUUCUUCAUUGCCAACCUGGCUGUGGCUGACCUGCUGGUCAAUACGCUGUGCCUACCCUUCACUUUGGUUUACACGCUGUUGGGUGAGUGGAAACUGGGCCCGGUCUUGUGCCACCUGGUGCCUUAUGCCCAGGCUCUUGCUGUGCACGUGUCUACCGUUACUUUGACUGUGAUUGCUUUGGAUCGGCAUCGCUGCAUCGUCUACCACUUGGAAAGCAAAAUCUCCAAGCGGAUCAGCUUCCUGAUUAUAGGAGUUGCCUGGGCAGUCAGUGCCCUGCUGGCAAGUCCUCUGGCCAUCUUCCGUGAGUACUCGCUGAUCGAGAUCAUUCCUGACUUCAAGAUUGUGGUCUGCUCUGAGAAGUGGCCAGGGGAGGGGCAGCUCAACUACGGCACCAUCUACAGCAUCUCCAUGCUGCUGAUCCAGUACGUGCUGCCUCUGGCAGUCAUCUCCUAUGCCUACGCCCGAAUUUGGACCAAGCUCAAGAACCAUGUUAGUCCUGGGGCGGGGAAUGACCACUACCACCAACGGCGACGGAAGACCACCAAGAUGUUGGUGUGCGUGGUUGUGGUUUUCGCUGUCAGCUGGCUGCCGUUUCACACCUUCCAGCUAGUCAGUGACAUUGACAGUCAGGUGUUAGACCUGAAAGAGUACAAACUGAUCUACACAGUGUUUCAUGUCAUUGCCAUGUGCUCAACAUUCGCUAACCCCCUUCUCUAUGGCUGGAUGAAUAACAACUACAGGAUGGCCUUCCUCACGGCCUUCCAGUGCGAACAGCGGCUGGACUCCAUCCACCCUGAGGUAUCAUCAGCUUUCAAAGCCAGGAAGAAACUAGAAGCAAAGAAGAUUCAAUUCCCUGGAGACUCUUUCACACAACCUACCAAUGUCUAA